UUGGUACAUUCAUUCUUAAUCUGUUCUUAGCUUUCGAAAUAAUAAAAAAAGAAAAAAAAAUACAAAUAAGGUACAGAAAAAAAUGUCAGGUGGCGCAUCGGUGUCAUAUGAUGUGUAAAUUGGAAUUAACCAAUACAUCAGCUGCUUACUAAUAAAAGAAAAUAGUGUAUAAAAAUUAGCAAUUUAUUAUUUUACAUUUAUAUAAAUUGAUCCACGUUAAAAUGUUUAUUAAGUGGAAUGUAUUUUCGGUGAAAUAAAAUAGCAUCAUAGAAUAAAUAUGGAAUAUUCUGCAAAUACCAUUUAGAUGCUGUGUAAUGAAUGAAAUAACUGAAGUUAUUGUGGAAAAUUUACAUGGCAUUCACGAUGAAACGUUUUGUUAACGAACACGAAAAUAAUCUGGAAAAUAAUGAAAAGAAACAAAAAGAUCCCCAGUAUCUUCUUAGAGUGGAUGAGGUACCAAAUUAUUUACAGUUUAAUCGUUUUGUUCUCGAUGGUUACAGGCCACAAAUGACAUUUUGGGAAUGUUUAAGAAGUCUUACAUAUCUCCAUAAUGAAACUAUUAAUGUUUUAUCUCAUGGUAUACCACUUAUAUAUGCAGUAUGGAAGGUUCCUGAGCUAUUACCACAACAAUUUAAUGAAAUGCCUAUCAUACCAUAUCUUCACAUUGCUGCUAUUAUAGCACCAUGGCUUGGAAGUUCUGUAUACCAUUUAUUUAUGAAUCAUAUAAGUGGAUCUAAAACUUAUUCACGUUUACUACAAUGGGAUGUUGUUGGAGUUUGGGUAACUCAAAGUUGUGGUGGAUUAACUACAAUUUAUACAGGAGUUUCUUGUUUGCCUUAUAUACUUCAAUUAGUUUUUCUUGGAAUUUAUGUUUGUUUUUGCCUGAGAGCUCUUCAAGUUGCUGUAUUUGCAUGUGGACCAUGGCAAAGAAGGCAGAGUUUUGCUAUAUUGUUUCUUAUUAGAAUGGUGGUGCUAAUACUUAGAAUGACUCCAUAUGGAGGAGGACAUCCAGAGGCAAUAUAUCAUGUUAUAAUGCAAGAUCUGUUAUCUUUGAUUGGUGCAGUUAUUAGUGCAGUAAGAAUUCCAGAAAGAUGGCUACCUGGAAGAUUUGAUUAUAUUUUUAAUAGUCACAAUAUCAUGCAUGUUAUUGUGGUAAUUGGUGCUGUACACAUGCACUGGGCUGUAGAAAAAGACAUUGGAUGGAUGAUAAAGAGAGUUGCACAAAGAAGUUUGAAUGGGCACUAAGGCUCACAGGGUUGCUCGUCACUGAAUUAAAAGUUUCUUCAUUUCACAGUAAAAAUCAAGCAAAUAUACAUAAAUUUUACAUGUAUAAAAUGUUAUUUACAUUAUAUUGUAACCUUAUCAAUUUAGAUAGUUAAAUAUCACACACCAUUUUUUGCACAUUAAAUAAUAAUAUA